AUGGGCAGAAAGUUGACAUUCAGAGUGCCCAGGCACACAUCCAAGCCGCCACGCCCACUUAUAGUCUCAGACAGAGCAGCUACACUACUGCUUUUGUUCUCCAUUCAGAAACAAACAGAUGCAUAUACUCCAGAGUUGGUCAACCCUGCUGUGUAUAGGGUUUUGCAAAAGUUUGAUCGUCCUCCAACGUCGCUUCUAUAUAUUCCCAGAAACCUCCAGCCGUCGCCAUUUGAGUAUUAUUGCACGGUGAACGAAGGAGACUCUUCUUUUCAAACAGAGCCACGUUUACUGGUAACAAAGCUCUUGACGGGACUGUGGUGUGAGCUUCAAUUGUUUUACGAUGUGUACGCUGGCCUGCGCAAGAAACAGCAAACUACACGUUUAACUGAAGGAUCGGAAUACCACGACAAAUUGGAGAAGGAGGAACAUGCUUUGGCAGACUUAACUGGCGCUGAAGCAGAAUUGGCGGAAGUGGCUGCAAAACACUCGGAGGAAGACACUUUGUACUUGGGCAGAAACCUCAGUCUGGCAAUCUGGUGUAAAGCAAACACAGAACACGUUAUCAAAAGAGGCAUAAAUUUGGCACACACAAGACACGCUAGAGAAGUUGCAGUCCACGCAUAUGUCAACUUGGAGACUGGCAACUUGGCUACAGAAGAAGAUCAAUUCAAAGACAGUGUACUCGUAAACGGUAUUGCAGAUAUUGUGCAGUUUGAGCCUAAGAACAAGGAGACGACAGGGGGCAACUCCGAUAUAUCUGCCGACAAUCUUCUUCAAGAAUUUAGCGGCUUGUCACUUUCGUCUCAAGUGUGGGACUUGAGUCGCCUAAUUCCAGAGGCAGAGGAGGAGCUUCAAAGAGACUAUCAAAAGUACAACAUUCAAGUAAGAGACGUUAAGACAAGGGGAACGAAGUCCUUACCCAAAAGCAAGCUGCAAUUAAAUGCAGCCAGAUUACAAUGCAUGUAUUAUACUCGAUUUCUUCGCAACUUGAUGAGAAACCAGGACUUUGCAUACGCUUCUUAUCAGGAAAACGCAAGACGUCGGCAAGUCGACCCUGACAGUCAUAUUGGCGAGGCUCAUGCAACAGUUCUCUUGCUCCAGAAUUUUGAAGCGCUUGCAUUAGACUAUGUUCGCCUCGCAAAGGGGGAGGACAUUGGAUACGAAACUCACGACUCAAUCAUGAGAGAAAUGUAUAGCAGCGAAGAGGAGGCCAUCCGGCUAAACUACAAUCUUUCACGGUUUAUCAGCGAGGAACAGUUUAGAAGUUUCUUGAGAGUAGUCUACGGAGACGACCUCGCGAGUGAUGAAGUAGACAUUUCACCACUCUUCAACUCGUGGAGAUAUCCACUCACAGCGAGGUUUUUUCUGGCCAGGAGUGCCCAGAUAUUUUACACACUUCGUCAGUACGAGUCAUCCACGGUAUGUGUCGAUUACCAUCAUGCUAAGUCGUCGACUCUUAUCAGCUCUUUGGAGUACCCGUACCACGUUAAGGAAGUCAAUGCAGCGUUAAAAGACGCUGCGAUGUUCUGGUCUGGCAAGAGACAACCUCGAGGGACGGACUCGGAAUUUAAAUGCCAGAAUUGUGAUUACCGAAGUCGCUGCCCUGUGUUGAAUAGGCAAUCUCAGCAGUCUAUUGGAGCACUAAUAUAUCACGAUCUACUAAGCUAG